GGAAAGAGCACUGAUAGAAAAUAAAGUAUUUACAUGUAAUUACUGUAAAUAUAAUUAAGUUUAUAAUAUUUUACUGUGAUCCUGGUGUAACGGUGGUAGUUUUCUGUUCGUGUUUGAACGGAGGAGCAGGUUUCUGCACCGACUGAGCUAAAUGUAUUAAAGCCAGGACAUGUCUGCAGGAGGGUUCCAGUGGUUCCUGAGACACGUGAGAGGAACCGUGUGCCAUGGAAGACCUGUCUGCUGGACGCCACCAUCGAAAUCACCGACAUGCAGUGGUCGUAACGUCMCCUCCACCUGGAGACGAUCCUUCUCCACGAAAAUCACUGAUGACGUAAAACAGACCCCCGCAGUGAAGCUGAAGAUCCCCCGAAUCCAGUUCUCCUCCGACAACGUCGGCCAUAAUAUCCCCUACAAGAAGGUCCAGGUGCUGGAUGAGGGCGGCYAGGACCUGGGCGUCAUGCACCGAAGCAGCGUGGUCCAGCUGAUGGACAAGAAGAACCUGAAGCUGCUGCUGCGCGACGACAGCAGAGACCCUCCGGUGUACCAGCUGAUGAGCAGCAAACAGUUCUACCAAGAGCAGCRGAAGCUGAGAAACAAGGAGAAACCAGCUACUCCGCAGAUGAAGCGACUCACCUUCACAGUCGGCAUCAGUCCUCACGACCUCACCACCAAACUGAAGCAAGUGGACAGCUGGUUGGAGAAGAAACACCGCAUCAAUAUCGUCCUGCAGACCAAGACAAACCAACCCCAGACUGACCUGGUCGGAGCUUUGCAGGAAAUCUUGCAGCAGCUGAAGGAACCGAUGGGCUUCGUCCACGAGCCGAAGGUUUGGAAAGUGGGUUUCUCUGCAUCGUGCAUGCUCAGAGCGCCGACCAAAAAGGAGCUGGCGCUGAUGAGAGAAAAGAUGUCUGAGAGUUCCGUUAGCCCCGCCCCUGAGGGGAAUCAGACCCCUCCUGCUGAGAACACAGGUGCACCUGAGGAGUCGGGACAGCAGUAACAUGAGGGACAAACUGUCUCAGCUUCAGAGUAAGGAGCCAACAGGUGUGAAGCUGUACCUGUUCUUUGAUUGACAGCUGACGGGGGCGGGGCCUAAAACAAUCAGAGCGCAGGUGGGCGACAGAGUGGACCUUUCUCCUGAGACACAUUAUAAAUGAUGGACUCGGCUGCUUGUUUGGGGUCAGGAUGGUCAGAGUUCAGACUACAGAACCGACACAGAUAAAAAGGGUCCGGACUUCGUGUGAAGGUGGUCUGGGAGGGUCCGGUUCUGAUCCGGUUUUUCUGCUCCCUCAGAGGGACCUGAAGAGACGAAACAGAUCUACAGAAAACAGGAUUUCUGCAAUAAAACAUGAUUUACACACCGGGUUUGAUUUGAUGAACUUCCUUUUUUCACUUUUUUUAAACUUCAACAAAAUGUCCUAAAAUAAAAAACAAAAAAAUAAAAAAA